AUGAAGCUCAACCACGGACUCGUGCUAUUUGCGCUCUGCGCCGGCGCCCUUGCGGAGGGACGGCCCAAGAGCGUGACUGGGAAAUGCUACCAGGCUACCGCCUCCAGCGCCGCCAGCUGUCGCAUCGAGAUGCCAGCCGGGAGCAACGGCGGCGCCUCCGGACGUGGAGGCAAGAGCGGCAAUACAGCCGUGUUCUUCAAGGACUGCAGGCCAAACACCGAAAGGGGACCCGGCGAAGAGUGCACGAGGGAUGGCGCGCCUUGCACGUACCGUUUCUGGGACAUGUAUGCCACCUGCGACUGA